UGGCGCUCUGGUCGAGUAGGUCCUUCUAUGCGGAUAUGUUCGGAUUUUAUCAUAAGAUUAUCGCCAUUGUUAUCCAGCGAUGCGUUUGACAGCUUGACAAUAGUAACAUAAAAUAAUGCCUCAAACCACAUGUUGCGUUCCAUUUUGUUCACAAAAAGGUCGACACAAGUUCCCGAAAGACAAACAACGUCAAGCAGCAUGGGUACAAGCUAUUCGACGGAUGAAAACAAAGUUCGAAAUCUGGAGUCCAUCCGAAUACUCGUACGUGUGUGAAAACCACUUCACUGAAGAUGAUUACCACACAAUUACAUAUGCUGGCAAUGAACGACGUAAGCGGGCUCUGCGAAAAACAGCUGUUCCUAGUAUUUUUUCCUGGACGAACAAGGUGACUGUUGCUAAGAACCAGGAGAGAAAAGAAAGUCGUCUAGAAAGAGAAAACCGGAAACGUAAGCUGUUUAAAGAUCUUACAAAUAUGGAACAGUCUGGUGAAAACACAAGCUGUAAACCAGAGUUCAUUGCCACCAAAAUCGACGUUGUUACCUCUGAUAUUGAUGUGGGUGCAAGCGAAGAAGUUGUGACCGAACAGGAAUGUGUUGAGCAAAUAAUCUCAAUCGCAGAUGGAAAGGUGACAUUUAUGGAUUCAUUUGUACAAACAGAGUGUGAAAUGGAAGAUGUGGCAAUCCAGACAACAACUACUCAUGCAUUUAGCAUCCACAAUUUUGACGAUGAUGACUCAGCUGUCCAUUUCUACAAUCAAGAGGACUAUGACGCAGCAGAUAUGUUACUGCAAUUGAAAAUGACAUAGUGAUCGAUGUUUUACGAGCAAUGUAGUCGUUCACACACACAAACAGACACAUUUUGUUGUUUUAAAGUGUUUUUAAGUUAUUGUAACGUGCCUACUGUGUUUUGUCAGUAUCUUUUUGUAUGUAAAAAUUAACAGAAUUUACUUCAAUUCCAUACCAUGUACAAUACAGCAAAAAUAAUUAUAUUCAUUUCGUACAUGCAUGUUAAUGUUUUAAGGUUUGUAAUAUACAUAUAAAACAUAUAACAUUUUGAGCAUCACAUUACCAUUUUUAUCAUAACUGUUGGUUUUUAUUAAGUACCAUAAAACCAGAUUGUCAUUGCUGACACAUGCAGAAAACAGAUACGUUACCGCGAUUAAAAAGAACUCAAUGCUCGGUAUUUUUCACGCGGUGUAGUAAUUUAAACACAACAUUAUACGGAUAAGUUGUUUUACCUAAUGUUUGAAAGUUAUUGUUUAUUCUCACACUGUUUUGUGAGCUUAUACUUUGCAUAUAAACAUUAACAUGAUAAACUUUAUCAAAGGUAUAGAACAGAUACGUUACCAUGACCAAAAAUGACAUUGUGUUCUCUUUUUAUUAACAGAUGUACAAAAACUGUACAAAAAUAGCUGAUUCAGACAUAUAAUCGAUUGGUCAAAUGUGUUCGAACUAUUAACAUGUGUUUAUGUUCAUGUUCAAAAUCUAACAUAAAUUUGUGUCUUGUAGAAUGAAAUAAACAGAUACGUUAUCA